AUGCCUGCAUCAUUGUGUUUGCGUGUGUUUGCUAGCGUCAGGUGCGUCUGGGCUGUGAUCAGCAACGAUCACGAGGAUAUUCCGCGGGCUUUCAGGGGGGCGCAGAGGCUUCAUGGACACCUGUCCGCUGGCCCUCAAGGCCUUCUGGUCGAGUCUGCUGUUGCUAUCUUUAACAAGAGCACCGACGAGAUCUGCCAAGAACUGUCGCAAGCUGCGACAUGCUUGGAUUCGCACGGCUUAUCAAAGAUCUUUUUCGUCUACUAUGCUGGGCAUGUGGUGUCCGAUUAUCCUGAUUUCUACUACAUUGAGCCAAUACCUGGACAAUCGAACAUAGAUCUGACAUACGCCGCUAUGAAGUCAGUGUCAAACCGCAAUCUCGAACGAGUCAAUACGACAGUGUUCCUUGAUGGAUGCGCGAGACAGGUUGCGCCGCAGGAAGAGGAAGAGACUGUUAAGUCACAUUGGACCAACACGUUCACGACACUAUGUCCUGCCUCUUUUGGGCAUGGAGUUCGGGACGGUGCGAUUUUGGUGCGAUGCUUGCAGCACUGCUGUGAGCUCAAGUUCGCCACUGUCGAUGACUUUCUCAAUGGCGUUCUAGAGCUUACCCGGCAGCUGUCUUUCGGGGGCCUCUUUGCUCGUCACAUCCAUCCGACGGAGUUGAACCCGUUGCUUGAGUUGCCAUUCCCCAAGGAGCACACUUCCGGGGGCACGUGCUUCCUUCGCUUCGCUUUGCACCUAUGGACAGACGAGUGGCUCGAGUCCGAUGACCACCAAGAGGUAGAUUUGAGCCCGCUGAUUCACACGCUUCGUGAGGUUGUAUGCCUUCUGGUGACUUGCGAUAUGUGGUCUGGAGCGGAUGCCUGGGGAGAGUUGCAAGUUUUGUCAUGCUGUCAAUCACUGGAUGACGUGCUUGCGGAACUGCAGAAUCAUGAUAGAAAGAUUCAGUGGAAGCUUCAAUGUGACUCGGUUCCAGAAUACAUCCGCAAGUAUCUCGUGGAAGCAGUCGUGGAAGCAGUUCGGGCUUGGCACAAUCAGAAUGGGAUUCUGGACGAACCCCCGGACGUGGAGGAUGUCGUCGAGCGUCUCGGCUCACUCUGUUCCCGCAUUACGAGAUGGUAUGAGUUGUUGUAUGAAGGUACACAAGAUGCGACGGGGAGGAGAUAUAGAUUUCUGAAGGUGGAGGGCGCGGUGCCGGAGCAGUUUACCGGGGCAGAAAUGCAGGAAACAGCCACCGAAGUACAGGAGGUAUGCCAAUAUUUCGGAAUCCGAGCUCAGGUUUGCUUGGUGCCUGGAAGCCUCUGGGCCAUUUUCUGUUCGGAAGAGCCUCCAAAUCCUGACCAGCGGAAAGGCUUCUGCGAGAAGUUUGGGCGAUGGGUCGAGGAGCGGCGGAAGAGCGGAGUGCGCGGUUGGUCGCGUGCGGAGCCUCCCUGUUGGAAGCCAAGCCAUGCCGUCCCCAGUCGCAUUCGCAACGUAGUUCAGAAAGUUCAGAACUUCGUUGACACCGACUCGGGCAGUGCUCCCUGCUGCAUGUGGCUCCGGGCCUGCACGCUUCGUCGACUCGUGGCCAGGAGCUGCUCGCAGAGGAACCCUGAAGAGCGAUACGAAGCAUGGAGGGUCGUGAUUUUCGAGGGGCUCUCAGAGAUUCGAGGCUCUGCAUGGCUUCAGGGUGCAGGUGACUUGCGGUGCGUGGUGCUGCGGAAUCUCUGGGAUGAGAGCUUUGGGGAGCAACUGGCAGACCUCGUUGGCGUGGCAGACCGCAGGGGCCUUCAGAUGAGACCAGAGAUUCCUGCAUUGCUCUUCCUGGCGCAGGAAGCAGGCGUUGAGUUGCAGCAAGAAGACCUCGUCCAGGUGAUGGCAUCUGGAGGGCAAGAGGUGUUGCGGUCCUACGUGAAGCAGUUCAUUCGCGAGGUGCUGUCCCAGCGACAGGAUGCGAAGCUGAAGCUUCUUGCCUCCAAGGAGGUCAUGGGCACUGAUGCUUCGGCCAUUUACGUGUUCUAUGCAGGAGACCCGGCAAUAGAAGGCGAGGGAGGUGGCAACUUCACGCAGGCUUUAUGCAGAUUUGGUCUUCCGUCUGUUCCGACACCCGCUACCGACAGCGGCCAUUCGGCCUUUGGCGUGCCGAUUUUUCUGGCUCUUCUGUGCUGCAUGGUGUGCUGCCUGGUAGGUGACAGUGCUUGUAUGUAUCGGGCACUACGAGCCAGUCACAGGCCAGCACUUCGUCCGCAAGCAGGUGGCCGGCGACAUGCCCUUGUUCUCAGCUGUGUGCGCUUCCUCGAGCGUGGCAAGGUUCAGUUUGACAUGGAAUCCCAGCGUAGCGGUGAGUCAAUGGCGAAGUUGCUGAAAGAGCUGGGGUACCAUGUUCUGCACUUCCAAGACCCAGACCAGGAGACUGUGCAGGCUGGCUUGAAAUUUAUAGCAGCCGAAUCAGACGCCGAGUCAACCACGUUCAUCUUCUAUGCAGGACCUGUGUUUCAGGAUGAAGUCGGACAGCUCAUGAGGCUUUUCAUCGAUCCUGCCCGAGGACAGCAGGUGUUUCAUUUGGGAAAGUGGAUCCUCGACUUGCAACGUAACCUUGUGCCCAGAACAUCUGGCCUCAAACCGGCAUCUGGUACAAACAUGGUGUUUGCAAUGGAUGGAUGCUCAAAAACACCACCGCCAGAGUCAACAGGUGCGGAGGCACCAAUUCCGACUCCUCCCUCAAAGAAACUUCCUUGGUAUAUGUACAAGGGGUAUAAGGGGGGUCUGUGCUGCAUUUUGUCUUGUGCGGUUUCACAACAUGACCGCAGAGAUUUCUCGGAGAGCUUGCUGGGCCACCUCCGAAUCGCUAAGUCUGCAGCCGACCUCUGUGAUGGAAUCUCGGCGGACUGCAGAAAUUCUGGAUCUCGCCCCUGGAUCAUGUCCAGUGGCGACCUCUCCGCUAUCUCGCUGGGUAACCCAUCACAUGACCCCGUGUCGUCUCUGCCGUGUGCGAGGAAGUAUCCAAGACGUUAUGGCUGUCACACUCGUCGUCUUAAUAUUCUGACGGUCAUAGCCGCUUGUUUGCCACUGCUUGGCCUUGGCUGCUUGCGCGUUUAA